UGCAACAUGGCGGAUGUGAAGAAAGAACACAACACGAUGCCUGUAAAAACCUACGGAGAUGUAAUUAUAACUUUAGAAAACUGUGUAAUUCCAGCGUCAAAAUUGUCCCCAACUCCUUCGGUACGAGAUGGACUGGAUUCAGAGACGGAAAUGAACCUAAGGGUGCUUGGAUGUGAAUUUAUUCAAACGGCAGGCAUCCUGUUAAAACUGCCUCAGGUUGCCAUGGCUACAGGUCAAGUCAUCUUUCAAAGGUUUUAUUAUUCAAAGUCCUUUGUGAAACACAAUAUGGAGAUUGUCGCCAUGGCCUGUAUAAAUUUAGCCUCUAAGAUUGAGGAAGCCCCUCGACGCAUCCGUGAUGUAAUUAAUGUGUUUCAUCACAUUAGACAACGAAGAAACAAUAGACCUGUAGAUCCGAUGGUACUAGACCAGAAGUACCUCAACAUGAAGAAUCAGGUCAUCAAAGCUGAACGGAGGGUUCUCAAGGAGCUGGGCUUCUGUGUCCACGUCAAGCACCCACACAAGAUGGUAGUGACCUACCUUCAAGUCCUGGAGUGUGAACGCAAUGCACAACUUGUGCAGACUGCCUGGAAUUACAUGAACGACAGUUUACGCACUGACGUGUUUGUGAGGUAUAAGCCUGAGACGAUUGCCUGUGCAUGCAUCUACUUGUCGGCCAGACAACUAAAUGUCAUUCUGCCCAGCAAUCCUCCAUGGUAUGGACUUAUGGACUCGGAGGAAGCCGAUCUCAAAGAUAUAUCGCUAACGAUACUCCAUUUAUAUGCUAGACCAAAGAAAUCCUAUGAGGAGCUUGAUAAGGUAGUGGAGAGGUGCCGCUUGGCAAUGCAGGAGGCAAAGUUUGCCAAACUGAAGGAGCAGGCGCUGGAUGCCAACAGUGCAGCAGGUACGCCAAGUAACUUCUCACCACACUCUUCCAGACCAGCUUCUCCCAAGGUGAACAGUGAUUCACCAAACCUUCCAAGCUCCUACAAGAUGAACAAUAAGGAUGCUCGGUCUCCCGGUAGCGGACACAGUAGCCAUAAAGAGAAAAAUGGCAAGAUUGCCCGUCGCUCUAAGACCAGCGCUUCUAACAGCCGUAGCCACUCCAAGAGUCCCCGUCGUGGUAGAGGUCGUAGUCGAUCACACUCUAAUCAUCGUUCCUCGCACAGUCGCAGCAGCAGUCGCAGUUUAAGCCGGUCGCCGCACAACGACAAGCACUACAGAAAUUCCAGCAAACACAAAAAGAAGGAUGACCACAAACGAAGUCGGCGGGGUCGAGACCGGGAUCGCAUACGGGACCACGAUCGUAAGUACCCGAAAGUCAAGUCAAGAUCACGGAAACGCAAGCACAGCCGGUCGUCAUCUAGGAGCAGAAGUAGAAGUCGUUCGCGGAGCCGAUCCCCAAUACGGCGAGAAAAGUAUGAUUAUAAAGACAGUCCAUCGAGGGAUUCAGGUGCGAAAUCCAAGGACAAGCACCAUCGAGGGCGCUCUCGCUCAAGGGAACAAUCGCAUAAGACAAACAAGAGGGACUCCGGUGGUCAUGGACAUGGGAGGGACAGAAGACGACGGUGAAGACGGAACUUUAUUAAUAACUUAAAGUGCCUGCAAGUUGUGUCAAUCAUCAUAAAUUAUUUGUUGUCCUAUAUUUGGAUUUUAACACAUUGUACAAGUUGUCCAAAAUUCAUGUGUAUAAUUUUUUUGGGGGUGGUUGUUUAUGUUUUGUCUUGAUGCUUAUUUAUCAAAGAGUUACACCGGUUCUGACUGUUGCCUUAAUGUAAGAUGUACUUGAAUACACCUUGUUUUACUGUUUUUUGUUUUUUUUUCCUUCAUGAAAAACAGUUGGCCCUCGCCAUAAUUUAAAGAGCACUGUUAUAAAGAGGUUUUGCUUAUAAAGAGAACACUCUAUGGUCCCGAAUCCCAUUUCUGCUAUGUGUUUCAAUGUUUUGCUGUCCUCUUAUAACAACAUUCCUGUUUGAAAAUCUAUUGUGGCCAGUUCCUGCAAUCCAGCAAUAUCUGUACGAGAGUUGACUGUAUGUUAACCAGAGCCUUUACGAAAAAAAUAAGUGUGUCCUGAUAGUGCCUAAAUUCAAGCCACUCAUGCCAUCCCAAAUGGUAAAACCUUAAAAAAACAUGGACAGUACUAAAAUCUUUCACAACCGAGAAAAUGUAUAUUUUUGUGGGUUUUUUAAGGGCAAGGUCACGAGUAUGGUACUCUUUUUUUUUUUCUUUUCUUUGUUCAUGACAAUUUGUGAUAUCACCUGUCAAUAAUUUGUUUUUGAAACUUGUAUUUUAAUAUACAGUGACUCUAAACUUGUGCAAGUAAAAUAUUAACGGUCAGUAUUUUUAUAAUAAAAAAAGCAUCCGCUCACCUUAUUUUUGUGGUGUUGAUUGUUCAUCAGCAACGUUGAACAGAGCACUGAAUUAAGUGACUGUUAGGCUACUCUAGGGUCUCUCUUUCAGAGGGAUUCACAAAUGAGGAAAUAAUGUUUUCUUUUUCUAUCCACACUACUUAACAAGUAAGAAGUGUGUAAUUAUAGAAAAAGCAGCCAAUUAUUAUCUUUUUCCCAAACGGUCUAUACUGGUGUAUGCCAAAAGGUUGUUUAAUUCAACUGGGGGGAACCAAGCUAGUCUUCUUUUGAUUUUCCGUUUCUUCUCUAAAAAUUAAUGAGGGAAAAUAUUUAUUUGUUUGUUUAUUUCAGAGAAUGAGUUUUGUAUUAUUUGCCUUAAAUUGUACGUCUGUAGAGUCAAAAUUAUACUCGACCCUCAGGGUUCUUCCCUUUGUGUCUUACUUGUUAAGACCGGUUCAAGCUUACGGCGAAUGCGAAACAUAUGUUGUUGGCGCAAUAAUUGGUUUGCACUCAUUCCAAUUUUCACGCGAGAAAAAUGUGCUCCGCAAGAAACAUUUGCUGGAAGCAUAAAUCGAGACUUUUGUCUGUGCAUUAAGGCCUACUUGUGAUCGGCUAAACUUUCUCACUUUGGUCUUCAGGUUGUCACAGAAGUAUAUAUGUGUUUGUUUUUUUUUGGGGGGGGUUUAUGGGAAACGAGAGCAGUUGUACUGUAGACCUUUUUUCAUGCUGCUACCAUCUUGGUCAUGUUCCCUGUGUCCAUUAACAGUAAUCAAUGCUAAUAUCCCUAAAUCAAAAUAUUUGAAAAAUAGAACCAGACUAUUUGUUCUUCCAGCCUCGGUUUGGUUACAGUCAGUUGGAUAGGAGAAAAAUCAAGAUGGCCACACCAUGAUGUAGGUCUCUUAUGAAUUAUUAGAUUGAUUCGAGUAGUUCAUAACGAUUGUUAAGUUUGGUCAUUGGUUGCGGAGUGUUUAACCAAGUGCUCACAUGGUGUGCAGAAAAUCUCCAGUUUAUUCUAACAAUUUAAAUGAGCUUAAAGUGCAGUAUUUUUUUUCUUCAAUAAGCAGGGUAUGGUCAUUUUCGAAACCAAUGAUCUGGCUUAGGCGUUUGUAUGGAAAUCGUACACAUUCAACAUUGCUGUUGAGACCAAGUUUCUUGCAGUUUGGAACAUGGAUAACUUGCAUUUUGUGGAAACUCAAGCCCCCCCCCCCCCCCCCCAAAAAAAAAAAAAAAUGAUCAGGUUGUUUUCGUAGCAAACAAAUCCGUUGAGUAAUAUAAUUUGAAGUCUGAGGCUCGACAUGUAAAAAAUGUGUAAAA